UCUGAGCUGUUCUACAGCAGUCCAUGGGCCAUGCGUCCUACCUCUCUCUCUCUCUCUCUCUCUCUGGUCGUGUAUAUAAAUGGACGAAGCUUCCUUGUUCGUACGUCCCAUGACUUGUAAGAGUUCUCUUCCACAGACAAUCCUUCUUCAUCAAACCCCACCGAUACAUGCACGCAUACACCAAUACACAUAAACCCUAAUCUUUGAAGAAAAAAAAAACUAACCCUUUUUGUUCAAUCAAAAGAAAAUCAAAGAUUUUUCUCUCCAAAUGGCCAAAGUCGGGAAGUUGACAAAACUCAAGUCGGCAAUGAAGAGAUGGCCGUCGUUCACCAAGUCGACCCACCACUCCUCCGCCGCAUCCGUCGCCGUCUCCGGCGAAUCCUCAGCCGUGGAACUCCCGAAGGGAAACCGCAACGACGACGAUCUCCACUUGGUUUACGUGGGAAAGUGUCGGAGACCGUACACGUUGAGCUCCGACAUCAUCGGACACCCGCUCUUCCAAGAACUCGUGGAUCGGUCUUCAAGAUUCGCCGAGCACGAUCGAGAGAUCGUUGUCGCCUGUGAAGUUGUCCUGUUCGAGCACUUGCUUUGGAUGCUCAAGAACAUCAACUGCUCCCAUGGAGAUGGUCAUGAUGGAUUCGGAGGAGGAUCCAUGGAAGAAUUGGCUGAGUUCUACACUUACUGAUCAUCAAUAUGAUUAUACAUUUCAUAUUAUAAUCCUCCCUAAGGAUUUGAUAUUGCAGUUGAUACACGAUACGAUCUCAAAACGUAUCAUUAAUUUGCUUUUGUUUUUGGUUUUUCCUCUGAGCAAUUUUGAUAUUUGUUCGAAAAUACUAAUGAUGUGUAUCAUGUUUUCACAGUAUUUAUUUUUUACAACGUAUCUCAUGUGGUAUUUAUGUAUCGUAUUAUUUGUUUUACAAUAUGGUCGUUAAAAAAGAAAAUGUUGUAAUUCAUAUUGAUUCUUGAAUUAAAGAAUAAUAUUCGCUCCCA